CUAGAAGAUUAAGGAAACAGUAAAACACCCAAAUAAAAAACCCCCAAAUUAGAUAGAACUACAAAAACCUAUGUGUCAAAGUGUAGAACCUUCUAGGACAUUGUGAUUUAUGACAAUCAUAAUAAGAAUUAAGAAGACAUCAUCUUCAUGUGUUAUAUUUCAAUUCCAAAGAAAAAAAGAAUGGCGAAAGGCAUGUUUGGUGAUCCAUUUAGGCAACUAAUUUGGAGUCCUGCAAUAUAUGGUGAAUCUUCUACUCCUCUUUUGGAUUGGUAUGAAUCUCCAAAUGCUCAUUUCUUCAAACUAAAUGUUCCAGGGUACAACAAGGAUAAUAUAAAGUUAGAGGUAGAUGAAGAUAAUGUUCUCCUUAUAAAAGGAGAAGGUGGAAAAGAGGAAUCACCGGGAAAAGACAUAGUCUGGCAUGUAUCUGAAAGAGGAGGCAAGGGAAACUUCGACCGGCGGAUAGAGUUACCGGUAAAUACAAAAGUGGAUCAAAUAAAAGCUCACCUGGAAAAUGGUGUGUUAACUAUUAUCGUCCCUAAGGACAAUUAUCCCAAACGUUCUAAAGUUCGAACCAUUAACAUCUCUAGCAAGCUCUGAAGUUAAACGAGGUUUCACCUUAAAACUGUACGACAGUAAAUAAAGUGAUUUAAUAAUCUUAUCUUACGGAGUUACGGAACACUCACACGUGUUAUUUGAAAAGUCUUGCUUUAACAAUGUUGUAUUGUAUGCAUCAUCUAGUCUAGCUAUAAUUACAACUUGUAAGUUGUUACUGUUGUGUGUUCAUUUUGCCAUAGGUUUUUUUAAUUUGUCAUGUCGGGUCAAUAUAUACUUGUACGUACGUAGUUUGGAAAUUUUACUCUGUAUCUUAUGUAUGUCGUACGGAGUUGCAACAGCCAAAUUAAUUAGCAUGGAAAGUUUUAUGGUUUUAU